AUGACGUCGUGCUCACCAAACAUUGAUGAUCUCUUCGCGGAGGCAUUCGCAUGUUUCGAACAGGGUCUAUGCUAUGAUGAAAUCAACGAUUAUGAGAAUGCGAUCAUCAUCUACGAACGUGGCUUGAAUCUAGUUAAAGAGGCUGAAUUGGGCAAAAAUGCGAAGAAGAGUGCAUUGUAUAAGGAAAUUUGUACGUCAGGAAAGCGAGUCGAAAAACGUUUGAAGAAGUUGAAAAAGGAAAAAACACCUACACAGUUGAAACGAUCGUUGACAGAGCCAGAAAAGGAGAAGCCCGACGAGUGGGUAAUGGUGGACAAAGCUUCCAUCGGCGAUGAAGACGUUAAACAUGAACUACGAGAACAAUUGGAGUCCAUCAAUGAAGGUGAAGCAGAGCUAGUGUUCUUCAUACCAGACGGUGUUCAGUUGUUCAUUAUAGAGGGUGAUUCAACAUCUGUUCCCACUUAUCCGUGUCCUCUGGAGAUUUUCCGUUUCAACAAACAGACAAAAUUGACGAACGACGUACAGGCUGAAGCUUUCAUAAAGGUAUCAAUCGGUCAAUUCGAGUGCAUUCUCGAUUUCCGAAUUCCAUCUGAUCCAAACACCAGAGCUCAGCAUUUUAUUUGUAAUUCAUCGUUCGAAUUCAAGAUUCUACAAUGA